CUCCUCUCCUUAAACCCCGAGUCAAAAUUCCUCUUUGACCGCCAAAACCCCUACCAGAAACACCUAUGCGCCACCUCCUCCUAACCGCGACCAGCAGCAACCACCGCUGCUCAUUCGCCGGCGGCGUUAUUCUCCGUCUCCUACGCCACUACAAGACACCAAAACAAGCAACUCCACCGGCGCCACCAAAACCUCCAAAACCGCCGCAAAAACCGCAACCGUUCACGUUCCACGACGCCGUAUGGGAGGAUCCGUACAGCUGGAUGUCGAGCUUAAACGACAAAGUAGCGAUGCGGCACAUGGAUGUGUACAUGGAACAAGAAGAGAAAUACAUUGAAGCUGUCAUGUUUGAUACUGAAAAGCUUCAGAUUAAACUUCAAUCUGAAAUGGCUUCCAGGAUGCAAUUUGACCUUUCUACCCCUCCUAUUCGCUGGGGCCCUUGGUUGUAUUAUAGAAGAGUUGAAGAAGGAAAGCAAUAUCCAGUGCUAUGUAGAAGAUUGUUAAAUUUAAAUGAAGAAUUUACUUCUAAUAAAUCCCCUGUUGGUGGAUUUGAUUUUACCUCUGGUAAAAAAAUUGAACAGAAACUUCUUGAUUACAAUCAAGAAGCUGAGAGGUUUGGAGGUUAUGCUUAUGAAGAAUUAUCUGAAGUGUCGCCUGAUCAUAAUUUUCUUGCAUAUACUAUGUAUGACAAGGAUAAUGAUUGGUUUAAGCUGUCUGUAAGGAACUUGAAUUCUGGUGCAUUAUGUAGUAAGCCUCAGGCUGAUAGGGUUUCUAAUAUUGCUUGGGCUAAGGAUGGUCAAGCAUUGCUUUACGUUGUCACUGAUCAGUAUAAGAGGCCUUGUCGGUUAUAUUGUAGUAUGAUUGGUUCAACCGAUGGAGAUGUUUUGCUUUUAGAUGAACCAAAUGACAAUGUUUUUAUUAACAUAAGAAAUACGAAAGAUUUUCAAUUUGUGACUGUCAAUACUUUUUCGACAACAUCUUCAAAGGUCUUUCUGACAAAUGCAGCUGAUCCAUUGUCUGGAUUGACAUUAGUUUGGGAGUGUGAAGCUCAAGCCCACUGUAUCAUUGAACAUCAUCACGGGUACCUUUAUUUAUUCACUGAUGCUGCCAAGGAUGGCCGGGCAGUUGACUAUCACUAUCUUCUCUGUAGUCCUCUUGAUGCUUCUUCCAGUCCAAGAAUAUGGGAGAGUGUAUUCAAUGAUGACCAAGAUCUGAACAUUGUGGAUGUUGAUUUCUGUAAUACACACUUGGUGCUAGUUUUAAAGGAAGGUCGGAGCUUUAAACUUUGUUCAGUUCCUCUACCUUUGCCUGCUAAGAAGAAAAGUGUUACUCUGGAAGAGCUUAAACCUUGGUUCCUUCCUCUUCCUAAAUAUGUUUCUCAAAUUUCUCCCGGAGCAAACUACGACUACUAUUCACCAACAAUGCGCUUUACAAUAUCAUCGCCAGUGAUGCCAGAUGCUGUGGUUGAUUAUGAUCUAUCAAAUGGCAAGUGGACUAUUAUUCAACAGCAAAACAUGCUUUAUGAAAGAACGAAAGUUUUGUACGGCACCGCCUCUUCUACGAGCAUCACCAAUGACCUAGACCCUGGUUGGUCAAAUGAAGUUAACUCUGAAGAUGAGAACUUGUGGAAUGGUCUUUCAGAGUUUUAUGCUUGUGAACAUUAUGAUGUCCCUUCUUAUGAUGGGGUUUUUGUUCCUUUGACUGUUGUGUUCUCUCAUAAACAUAAGUCUGUGAAUCAAAACCCUGGAUUGCUUCAUGGGCACGGAGCUUGUGGUGAGUUACUUGACAAAAGAUGGCAUAGUGAGUUGAAGAGCCUUCUUGAUCGUGGUUGGGUUAUCGCAUAUGCUGAUGUUAGGGGUGGCGGUGGUCAGGGAAAAAGUUGGCAUCAUAAUGGCAGACGUACGAAGAAACUUAAUUCAAUCAAAGAUUAUCUUUCUUGUGCUAAAUUCCUUGUUGAAAAUAAAAUUGUUCAAGAAAGAAAGCUUGCUGGCUGGGGAUAUAGUGCUGGAGGACUUUUGGUUGCAUCGGCUAUAAAUUGUUGCCCAGAUUUAUUUCGUGCUGCAGUUUUGAAGGUUCCCUUUCUGGAUCCAACCAACACUCUUCUCCACCCAAUUUUACCGCUUACUGCAGCUGACUAUGAAGAGUUCGGAUACCCUGGGGACAUUGAUGACUUUCAUGCCAUAAGAGAAUAUUCUCCCUAUGAUAAUAUUCAGAAGGACGUUCUCUACCCGGCUGUACUGAUAACCUCUUCUUUCAAUACACGAUUUGGGGUUUGGGAAGCUGCAAAAUGGAUUGCACGAGUUCGUGAUCUUGCUAUCUAUAAACCCAGCCAUCCAGUUCUGCUAAAUUUAACAACAGACAUUGUGGAGGAGAACAGAUACCUACAGUGCAAGGAGUCCGCAAUGGAGAUUGCGUUUCUUAUAAAGAUGAUGGAAUCAUGAAUUUGAUAUUUUUAUGUUCCUCCAAUCAUCUAUCCCGGAAACUGUUUGAUCUUUGCGACAGUAGCAGCGUUAAAUGCUCAUCCUCAUAGAGAGCAAUGUAUAAGAUUUGGAUCACCCUUUAGCUGCCACAAGGAUCCGAAAAGGUUCAUAUCCAUAGGGGGGAUAUUUAAGAUGAGUUUUGGUGUACAUAUAUGGAAUCAUUAAUUUUUUUAGUUACAUUUUUUUAGAUCGUGCAAAAGAUAUUCUAACUUAAAAUAUUAGAAGGUGUAAUGAAAAGUAGAUGACUUCUAAUUUUGUAUGAUUGCAAGAAAAGCAGAUUUUGAUAA